GGUUGCUGGGCGCGUAUUUCGCAGUAGUCGAGGAGGACAAAACUCAAAGUAUUUGUGGUGUAACAUUAACAAAGUGUUCAAUAUGUCGACCACGAAACACCAGAACUUCCGGAGCUUUCUAACCGAGCGGUUUACAGCCGUUGCCGUGGAGAUAUUCGGAGAGGUUGAAAGUAUUGUGGAGGCGUUUUACGAAGAAAACAAACGUCUGAGGAACACGCUUCACAUGGUGCUCAGUCCCGAGAUAAAGUUACCCAGGAUAGAUGUUAGUCGACACACUGCAGUAACCACAGAUGUCAGAAAGCAGCCUGCUGAGUUCAACGCUGGGGUGAGCCAGGAAACAUCAGAGCCGUUGCCUAAAAUACCUAAACAAGAGCAAACUGAAUAUGACAUAAAUCUGGGAUCAGAACAACAACAAAGUCUGGGGGAAGCUGAUAAUGUCAUUACUACAGUUUGUGUGAAAAAUGAACCAAAAGAAGAAGAAGAAGAAGACUUCAGCACUGACUCGUACCACAUCCAAGUGGUGGAGUGGAACCCCGACUCUCCAGCCACUGUCUCGGCUGAUGAAGUGCAUGAUCAAGGAAGUGAAGAAAGCUCAAAUGAAAACCAGGAACACCCAAAACAUUAUAGAAAGGCAACAAAAAAGAAGAAGUCAAAGGGCUGCCUGCAGAAAACCCUGCUAGAAUUGCCGAGGAUGGUGCCCUACAAAUCUUUAAUAUCCACUCCAACUGACUACCAGUCCUUUUUGGCGAGGCUCACUGAGGCCUUCAAGGAUGUUCCCGAAGACGAGAAGCCUCUGAUAACCAAAAUGGGCCUCACUGCGGAUAUGGAAUUAGUGGACUGUGCUUUUGGUAAAGUCCCUAAAGGUUCUCCACUGUCCUACCAGUACCCAUUGCCAUCAAGUCAGGAUUACAUGACUAAUGACAAUGCUCCCCCUCGACCGCUGCUUCCCCUGUCUUAUCACACACUGGAGCCAGUAUUGGCUCUUCCUACGCUGAGUGCCAGGGAGCAGGAGCACGUGGACGUCAUGCAGAUCACCUGGGAGGAAGCGCACAGUCUGGAGCAAUCCACACGGGGAGGCAAGGAGCCGGUAGAGGAGCUGCAGAAGCCGCGUUUGACCAGUCGUUUCAGAGAGAUCUGCACACUCAAACCAGGACGGAGCCAUGCGGAGCACCUGGUAUACAAGUUACAUAAAGGACCACCGCGGUGCAAGUCGGCACAGAUAGAGGAGGCAAUGAAGAAUGAAGCACUUCGGGUAUACUGUCGGAAUCUGUGUGUCAACUGGUACCCCUGCGGUUUCAUUGUCCAUCCACACGCUCCAUGGUUGGGGGUGCAGCCUGACGGUUUGGUGUACGACCCCAAUGAAAAAAAGUCCAGUUUCGGGCUGGUGCAUGUCAAAUGCAUCAGCUCCCAGAGCUUCGUUGACUGCGGGUUCCUGGUCGUCCAGGACGGAGUCUUGGAAGUGAAGAAGAACCACACAAAUUAUUGGCAGAUCCAAGUAGAGAUGAUGGUAGCAGGCACGUCGUGGUGUGAUCUGUUGGUGCUCUCCAGAGAAGACAUACUAGUUCAACGCAUCUACAGAGACAAGGUUAUCAGCAACAGCAUGAAGAAGAAGUUGGACGAAUUCUUUUUCUAUUACUACUUGCCAAGUCUGUUUUAAAGCUGAUGGCUUGUGGCAUCAUCACACUGCUGUCGUACUCUACAUGCUGUCGUACUCUACAUGCUGUCGUACUCUACAAGCUGUCGUACUCUACAUGCUGUCGUACUCUACAAGCUGUCGUACUCUACAUGCUGUCGUACUCUACAUGCUGUCGUACCCUACAUGCUGUCGUACCCUACAUGCUGUCGUACCCUACAUGCUGUCGUGCGCUACAUGCUGUCGUGUGCUACAUGCUGUUAUCCCCUCAGGUGGUUGGUUGUGAGUUUUAACAGACUGCAAAUUACUUGAAUGGGAAUUUUCUGACCACUAAUGUUAUACUGGCAUUACUAAAUGUGUAAUUAAUAUAUUAUCAGUUUCAGUCAAUCAUUCUCGUUAAAAGAAAGUUCAUGUUUUUUGGUAAUGGGUAUUUAUUUUUCUUAUUUUAAAAUGUGCAAAACUUUCCAUGUUUACCCAUCUUACAUCUCCAAAGGUGUCCUGUUCUAGGGCUGCACCUGCUUCAAUUACUAGUUACUAUUAAUGAAUCUGCUGAUCAUUUACUCGAUUAUUCGAUUAAUUGUUUAGUGUAGGAAAUAGCAAAAAGUAUCUACCUCAAUUUCCCUGAGCUGAUGCUCUCAUUGGUUAUUCCUGAAUGUAUUCAAUUUACUGUCAUACAAGAGUAAGAAAACCAGCUAUUAUACACAUUUGAGAAGCUGGAACGGGAAUAUUUUAUGUUUUUCCUAAAAAAAGAUAUGACAUGUAGGAUUGAUUACUGAAAUGGUGGCUGAUUAAUUUUCUGUAGAUCAGUUAAUUGUCUCAGCGUUCUUUCUCAUGUUGUUUGGGUUCAAUCAAGUUUUUAAUCACAGUAUGCUUUAUGCAUUACAGAUUCCGAGGUUGACACAAAAGGGGGGUUCGAUUUCCAAAGCACAAUACAUAGUAAAUGUUACUGCACUGCUUAAACUGAACACGACUUUAAGCAGAAGAUUUGAAUGUUCAAAAUAAAUACUUUUACAUAAAA